AUGAAGACUGUUUCCGAAACUUUAGAUAGUCUUUCAAUCUCCGUAGCUCCAACAAAAACAGACUCAGACCCAGUAGUAUCCAAGUACUUACCGGUUUCCAACCCUUUAGAUUGUUUCUGGCAAUCAGAGAAACAUAGAUUGCAUGACCACCGCUCUACAGAAGAGCUUCCAACGCACAGCGAUGUAGUCAUCGUCGGUGCAGGCUACGCCGGUGUGAGUACCGCGUACCAUCUAGUCAAGGAGGGUGGCGACUCAAUUAAGUCAAUCACGAUCAUAGAAGCACGAGGCGCGUGUUCAGGUGCAACUGGUCGAAAUGGAGGCCAUAUGAGACCAGAUUUGUAUGGCCACAUUCCAACUUAUGUUGAGCGAGGAGGACCACGAGCAGGAGCCGAGAUAGCCGAAUUCGAAAUUGCUCACGUCAAGGAGAUCAAAAGACUUGUUGAAAAAGAGAAGAUUGACUGUGACUUCAGUCUCUGCAGGACAGUUGAUGUAUGGUGCAAUGAGGAAAUGGCAAAGAAAGCCAAGGCUGUCUAUGACCAGAUGGUGGAGAACGGAUUUGAAUACAUGGAUGAUGUCAUCUUUCAUACCGGAAAAGAAGUUGAAGGAAUCUGCGGAGUUAAAGGUGCCAAGGCUUGUGCUUCAUACACAGCUGGAAGUAUGUGGCCUUAUAAGUUCAUUCUGGGACUUCUUGAGAUAAUUUUGCCAACUGGAAAGGUCAACUUGCAAACUAACACGCCCGUGACAAGUGUGGUUACUGAUUCCGAUGGAGGCUUCAAUGUUAGGACAAGCCGAGGAACUACGCAUGCUGGCAAGAUCGUAUAUGCCAAUAAUGCAUACAUCUCCGCUCUUUUGCCUGAAUACGAUCAUAACAUUAUUCCUUCCAAAGGAAUCUGUUGUCACAUCACUGUACCUGAGGGAAAGGUCGCACCACUCCUCAACAACACAUACAUCAACCGAACGGAAGACAACACUCUUUCGUAUCUCAUCCCCAGAGCAGACGGUAGUAUCGUCGUUGGUGGUGCCGCGUCGAAAUUCAAAGCUCACAAAGAUCAAUGGUACAAUAACGUUGAUGAUAGUGUUCUCAUUGAUGCAGCAAAAGACUAUUACAACAACUAUAUGCAGGAAACAUACAAUGGAUGGGAGGACUCUGGAGCCAAGGUCGACAAUAUCUGGACUGGAGUUAUGGGAUAUUCUUACGACUCGAACCCCCACGUUGGUGCAGUUCCUGGAAAGCCCAAUCAGUUUGUUCUUGCUGGAUUUAAUGGUCACGGCAUGCCAGUCAUUUGGUUGUCUGGUAAAGCAGUUGCCAAGAUGGUGUCUGAAGACGUACCAUUUGAGCAGACAAUUGUGCCACGAUUAUUCAAAACCACUCAAGAGAGAAUAGACCGGGCAAAGAAUGGAACAGAAGAGCAGGGUGAUAUUCUCGGUACCGGAAACCAAAAGGCGACAAAGCAAUGA